AUGAAUAUCUGAUGAACACUUCAAAUAAACUUUUAGUAUCUCUAUUAUCUCUUGAUCAUUGAAAUAAUUUUUAACUCCAGUUGAAGGAAAUAUUGCGCAGAAGUUGCUUUUAGGGAAUGCUACAGUGAAAAUCGAACAUGGUGCUGCUAAUACCGAAUUAUUCAAAGAUUCCUAUAAGGACCAAGAAUUAAAAAACGAAGAUAAGAAGACAUCUGCUCAAAAGGAGAAAAAGAAAACAACAGAAGAAAAACACCAAAAGACAACACGUGACAAAAAAGAAGAGUCAUCUUCCAUUCCAAUCAUGACAGCUGCUUCAAUUCAGGGGGUUGUGUUAGAAGAACUAAGGACAGGAAAAUACGAAGUUGAAAUAGCGCCAUCAUAUCUUAUAGACUUCGGCGGGCAAAGAUCCUAUGAUAUGACUCAUCAACUGUUUAUCCAGUACCAAGGAACCUUUGUUAUCAUAUUUGAUGGACGGUAUGGAUUACACCAACCACUCAAAGACUAUCCACAAGGAGAUAUCACAGCGGAAGAUAUCCUCGUCCACUGGGUGAACUCAAUUUUGCUCUACUGCAAGGAAAGUGACGAUAUAAUGCCAAUGAUUUUGUUCGCUGCAACACACAGUGACAAGUUGAAAACAGAUGUAGAAACAGCAAAAAAGAGGUUCACACAGGAACUUACAACGCUCUUCUCUACCCAUUUCAAACACAGACACAUUAUGUAUGACAGAAUAUUUCUUGUCAAUGCAACAAAUCCAAAAGAUCCAGAAAUAGACCUUUUGAAAGACACAUUAGUAGAUAUUGCGUUCAAGCAGACAACAUGGGGACAACGGAAGCCGCUUACAUGGGUUCCACUUGAGUUACAAUUUUCAGAAAUGCGAACAAAAAAUGUCAGUUUUAUAUCAAUGGAGAACCUUCGGGAGUUAAACCAACUGAACGAGGAAUUCACAUUAAGUGAAGAUAGUCUACAGGAUUUUUUAAGGGUUCAGAACUCUCUGGGGAACAUUCUUUACUUUGACAAUCCAGGGCUCAAUAAUCUCAUCGUUGUACAGCCUACAGCCAUGGUGAAUAUCUUGAAGUCCUUCAUUACUGAUAAGCAUUUUUGGCCGAAAAAGAAAGAUCUCAGACGCAUCUUAAAGAAUAUUUCUUCUACUGGCAAAGUCCAAAGAGAACACCUCUUUAAGUUGUGGUCACAACCAAAAUUUCACGAAUUUGUGCCCACCGAUCAACACAAGGAAUACAUAAUACAAGUUCUGGUACACCUUGAUAUUCUUGUUGUGCCAAAGCACAAUGACGUAUGUAGCACAAACGAUGCAACAUAUCUGGUACCAUGCGUUGUUCAGAGUAAAUUACCGGCUGAACUUGUGCCUAGUGAAGAGCAGAAAACCAUUUGCAUGGCGUAUCACUUAAGAGAGAGCAUUGUCCCGACUGCUUUGACUUUUAAACUAGUUGCUGCAUCAGUUAACAUAUGGCCCCUUUACCAAAUUAAUGGACGCGACUGCCUCUACCUCCAAUCAGCCAUAUUAAAUAUUGACGACAGUAAUCAACUCCUGAUCUUAACCAAAGGUCAAAGGGUUAUAAUUUACCUGAGUAACACAGUUUCGAAACAUUUGAUUUCACCCGAUGUAGUUGCAAGUAUUCAAGAAUGUUUGACAUCUGCUUUACAUAGGGUUCUACAUUUUUAUCACGAAUGCUUUGGAAAAAGAUUUGUCAAAGUUGAUGUGGCCAGUCUCUUUGAAGCAGAAGUUGGAUUGAUAUGCAACAAGGAAACCUGUUUAGUUCGUCUGACGGUUGCAAGAGAGAAUAAGACUUGGCUGUGUAAUAAUGGCUCGACACACGAAUCGAAAUACUGCUUAUAUUGGUUUUUUGACAAAGAGAAGAAAACAUGUAACCCGGAAUGCAAAGGGCUAAACACCGAAGCUCUGUCACUACAUCCAACUGACAAACAUUUUGUGAGAUUGGCGGAACAAAUCAGUAUUGCCGUAUUUGACCAAUUCAUUAUACACCUUGGAUUAACACGAGAAGAAUGGGAAACAAUAGAAUAUCAGUUCACACGAAAUGGGAAGCUCGGGAUGCAAUUGAUGGCACUGUAUGAGUGUGAAAAGAAGAAAAAACUUACUCAAACAAUGACUUUGCAGGACUUAUUAAAUGCUCUGAAGGGAAUAGAUCAACAUCAUUCUCUUUGUCAGAUAGUCAGAGAAGAAACCAAUUUAACAGGCAUUGCUGAAAGUAUAUUACAAGAAACUCCUUCAGAGGAAAUUUUGAAGAGCUUGACGCAGCAUCUUGGCAACUGUGUUAUUCAACUUGGUAUUGAAUUGGGACUCAGCUUUAACAGUAUAGAAGAAACUAUGUACAACCAUCCAAAGGAAAUGUAUAGUCAGUUAUAUAACAUUCUCAAGAAAUGGCGACAAUCCAGCAAAGACAAACCAUCGGUAUAUGUACUGAUGAAAGCCCUUCGGCGAACGGAUGCUGGUGGAUUAAUCUUUCUGCGAGAACAGUACCAAACUUCCUGAAUGUCAUGCUUUAAACAAUCAACCAAUUCGAAAUGUUUUCAAUUUUCGACCAUACAAACAUUGGACCAGAAGGGUUCUAGAAACUUAUUUAUGAAAACUUUCUUCUUGUUAUUGCAUUGAAUUUUAACAUCUUACUUGUUAGGUUUUGUUUAUAUUUUGUUGUUGUUUUUGUAUAUCAUAUUCAAGAAGUGACAUUUUGGUCAAAUGAAAUCUUAUUCAAAUGAAAUAUUGGAAGCAUAAAAGAUGUAUAAUUUUAUUCAAAAGUAACAAAAAAAUGAAAAUGUACUAUAGUGAAAAUGUGAAUACCAGUGUUUGUUUUGUUUGUUUGAAUUAUUAGUUAUCAUGUAUUAAAGUUCACAUGUUAGGACUGUACAAUUUCUUCACAAAUAUGAGUAAAACAGCCGGAAACGAUUUCAACCGAAAUAUAGUAUUGUAUUAAAUGCAAAGCAAAAGCUAUUCUCCUCAAUUGGUAUUCGAAGUUCAUCAUCGUCGUCGUCCAUCGUGGUACUUUUUUAUAACCCAAAUCUUCUCCUCUUAAACUACAAUGGAACCAAACUUGGCCAAAAUCGUCCCUUGAUAUCAACAGUGAUCAGGCUAAAAAUGAUCCGAUGAUCAACAUGGCCAUCAAAUCUCAAAAUUAAACAUAGGAGUAAAAUGUAAGCAUUAUCUUUUAUUUCAAAAACUGUUAGACAGAGGAUAUCUAUCGCAAAGAAACAUUUUUAGAAUGUCAAAAUCUGCUGGAACUAAUGACAAUAACAGUUUAUAAAAUGGUUCCGUCUGAAGCGCUUUUCUAGAUAUACCUUCAUCAUUAACUUUCAUACCAAAACUUUAACAGCCAAUGAUGUAUAACUAACUAAACGCUCGAAGAGGUUUCUGUUCACAAGGGGUUUACUAAAUGUAUUAAACAACUCCUGCAUUAUAUGAGUUACUUGCCUUAAUUAAGGAUUUUUAUUAAUAAGUUAAAAGUUUUGCUGUAAUGUUGAAAACAAUAAGAGAUAGAGAGAAACAGUAAUAACAAAGAUGACCGUCAAAAUAAGACCUACAAAUAAGUAAACAUUGCCGAAAUUAUCGGUGACCUCUUAUAUGAGUUAGUUUCCUUAAAUUUAGAUUUUUAGCGACUCAUCUUGGGGUUUUGUUUGCAAAACCUUUGUAGAUAACGAAAAACUAUAAAAAGCAAAAAUAAUCAGCAAAGUAAGAUCAACAAAUAGUAACGGCUUAAAGGAAAUUGACAUUGAUGAUUGACUAAUUCUAAUGUUGUUGUUUUUUUUUACCUCAUAUGAUAAAAGUAUAAACCAAACUUUGAUUAUCAACGCAAAUUCUACACAUAGGUCAAUAUUAUUGACAUCUUCAAUCGACUAAUUUUCAUGUUUGCUUAUUAUCUUAAACAUGUUAAACUGUUAUGUAUAGAUGGAAACUUGACACAGCAUAUUUAAUUAGUAAAACGAGGUUUCCAUUCUACAUAAAUAUCCUUUUGCAUUUUGCAGUUUUCUGGUUAGAAUUACCGGCUGCUUAGAUCCGUAAGUUUGGAAAAAUUAACGCAUUUUGGUAUAUCUUCAUAAAUGAUAACCCAUUCUAAACAUGCUAAAGAUUGAAAUUAAUCAGACCAUAUUUUUGUAAAUCACAAAGAUAAAAAAUGAUAUUCACUAGCCUAACAAAAAACUUUUAUCAGAAAAUGUAAUGUAAUACGGCAGAUACCUUCUUGAAAAUUCCAAUUUUUGCUUAACUUUGUUAAAGUAGAUUUAUUAGUUGUCGUUCAACUCAACUUUGAGGGGUAUGUAUUUGAGAUUUGGUCAAACAUUUUAUUUUAUAGUAUGUGUAUUGUACAAAGACAGUUUGUGUUAACAGAUAUUUCUUGGAACUGUAUUUAGUUAUUCUAUCGAAAGGUUUUGCCCAUUAAUUUCCAUCUAUUGAAAAAGGCAGACCUAUAGUUUUGCAUUCUUAAUCGCAAGAUCAUUGAAUCUCACUGUUUCAUAAUUCUUUCAGUGGAUAUUUUCUAUCUAAAAUUUUCUAUUUUGUUCUGUUAUUGAAUAAAUCAAAGUACAACGACA